AUGGCUCCUCCACCUGCACCUCUCCCCGAGACUGGCGCCCUUCGCGUGGUCAUGAGACAUCAGAGAGAUCCGGCUACCACAACCCCGGAUGAUUCCUCAUCCUCCCCCACCACUGCCAACCCUCAACUCUUUCUUAUCACCAAGGACUGCGAUAAAUACUGGCAAAAGGUGCUUGCGAGCAAGGAUAUUGUCCUCCGUGCCCAAAAGCAGUAUCAACUGGACCAGAACAAUCAAGUGAACCAAAAAGCCUUUGGAAUGGCGCGUAAUGAACUGUUUGCAUCGGCAUGGCACUACAAGUUUUGUCUCUCGCAUGCCCUCUGUCCACGUCCCACGCGAGUCUACAAUGGAUGCUGGCAAUGGGCACAAAAAGAAUUGGGAGACGAGGAAUUGCACGAAAUGAGAAAACACCGACUCUUGGAUACCGUCUGUAAACCCGAACGAGAAAUGAUGGAACGGUGUAUCGGGAGACUCGUGUCGACUGUGGUGCAGAAGGACUUGUAUCCAACAACUACCAGCGGUAUUUAUAGCAAUAGUAUGGAUCCACUGCUAUUUCAGAACAAUGAUGACAUGACAAUGGGUAUGGAUUCCAUGGUUGUGGAAGAUUCAGUUUGA